AUGGACACAGUACGAUGCGAGAUCCAGGAACAAAUGGACACCGUAAGAUGCCAGAUCCAGGAACAAAUAGACACAGUAGGAUGCGAGAUCCAGGAACAAACGGACACAGUACGAUGCGAGAUCCAGGAACAAAUGGACACAGUACGAUGCGAGAUCCAGGAACAAAUGGAAACAGUACGAUGCGAGAUCCAGGAACAAAUGGACACCGUAAGAUGCCAGAUUCAGGAACAAAUGGACACCGUAAGAUGCCAGAUCCAGGAACAAACGGACGCCGUAAGAUGUAAGAUCCAGGAACAAACGGACACCGUAAGAUGCAAGAUCUAA